AUGGCAUAUAAAGGCUCCAAGACUACUGAGCGUGAGCUGAGAAGUAUUUUAAACUCACCACAAAACUCGAACAGAUGUGGUGAAUGUGGGGCAACAUUUCCAACAUGGUGUUCGAUCAGCUUGGGCGUAUUUCUUUGCGGAAGAUGCGCUUCUGUCCACAGAAAGCUACUAGGUCAAAGAGAAGAUGCGGCUUACUCUGACGUUAGAUCACUAACGAUGGACCGUUGGUCAACUGCCGACUUGGAAGACAUCUCUGAUAGUGGAGGCAAUAAGCGAAACAGAAACAUUUGGAACUCUAAGGACGAACCAUUUCCUUACGACGGUGAUGAAGACAAGACGGCCGUGGAAAAGUUCAUACGUGACAAGUAUAUCAUGCGAAAAUUCAGCAGCGAUAGCGGCGCGCAGCCUUCUGACUACGAGAACAGAACUUCUGUAGCGUCUUCGUCUAGACCCACCACGUCGCGGGGCAGCUCGAGCCGAAACUCUUUCAGCAACCGCCCUUCGACCCAUUCAAGUGUUGCAGCACAGCCAAAUAAUCCUCCUCUCCCAAGAAGACCAGUUACAAGUCUUGGGCCUCGCCCAGCAAUUUUCGAUGGAUUGGACAACGCGGCUACUGGUGCUCCCACGGCUUCUUUUGAUGGCUUCUCUCAACAAUACAUAGAUCCAUCUACGGGGGUGUUAUAUGUCGACCAACAAGCACUAUAUACACAACAGCUUCAGCAGGAGCAGAUACAACAGCAGGCCAUGUAUCAACAAAAUUUACAACAACAAGCACUGCAACAACAACAAGCAAUACAACAGCAACAAUAUUUUCAGCAGCAGCAAAUGCAACAGCAGCAGCAAAUGCAACAGCAGCAGCUUGAAGCACAGGCCAACAAAAAUGCACUCCUUUCGUUAUAUGGGCGUCCUGACGCAUACACUAGCGCGGUGGAGAUCAAUCCUUCACACCCACAAUACCAGCAACUGAUGCAAAUGCAAAUGCAACAACAGCAACAGCAGCAACAACUACAACAACAACAGCAAGGUCAACAAGGAUUCUACUACAAUCUGUAG